UAAACAUCUGUUUUGAACCGCACACGCGGAAUUUUUGUUUAAAACUUUUUAAGAGAAAAAUAGAAUAAAAUGGCCACAAGCGGAACUAUAGUAAUGCCUGGAGAAAGAAUUACUUCUAUAGAGGAGGUGGCCAAAACCAAGAGGGUAAUCCUAGGACCGGGAUUGCGGAGAUUGGACGACACUGUAGUGGCCAGCAAAGCCGGACCGUUGCGCCACAAGGAACCCAACACCUUUUGGGUGGACAACUACCAGAGAAGAUACGUUCCUGCCCGUGGAGACUUAGUCCUGGGCAUCGUCAAAGCCAAGGCGGGGGAUCUGUAUCGCGUGGACAUCGGAGCCCCGGAAACUGCCUCGAUUUCCUACCUUGCUUUCGAAGCGGCCACUAAAAAGAAUCGCCCGGAUCUCAAUCCCGGAGAUCUAAUCUACGCCCGUGUCCUCAACGCCAGCGCGGACAUAGAACCUGAAUUGGUAUGCGUGAAUUCCAAUGGGAAGCGCGGAAAAUUGGGUGUAUUGCCCGAUGGAUUCUUCUUUAAGUGCAGCCUCAAUCUGGGCCGCGUGCUUCUCCGAGAGAACUGCCCGGUUCUAGCUGCCAUCACCCGUCAGCUGCCGUACGAGAUCGCCGUUGGAGUGAAUGGCAGAAUCUGGGUGAAGGCCCACUCGCUGCGAGAAACCAUUGGCCUGGCCAAGGCCAUUUUGGCGCUGGAGCAGGCCGGAUAUGCGGAAAUAGACAAGCUCUGCGACAACCUGGGAGACUUCCUGCAGGAAUAGGUUGCAUUCGGGAUUAGUUCUUAGCUUAUACUUACUGUUAAUAAAAAAUUUCCCUACAAAAUGUA